AUGGGGGAAAGAUCAGGUGGAACAUUUGAUGCAAUCAGUAAAGUGAUGGGUGCUCAUCUCGGGCUUGCAUCAUCUGUGAGCAGUUUCUUUGGUGAAGGCGGGCUACUGGGCAAGAAGGAAACUGCAGAUCAACCGUGGCCACCUCCCGAGUCAGUUGAACCUGCAACGGCUGUCCCACCACCGCAACCACCGGUUGAGGACACAAGAUUUAGGCGAAUCAUGGGAGGUGGUUUUACAGACAUGCUCCGGGGCAAAACAAAGAGUAGUGAGGAACUUCCCCCUAGCCAAUGA